UCGAUCCCGGCUCCGCUAUGGAGGCGCUGCGAGCGGCGGGGCGCGCCGUGCUGCGGAGCCCGCGCCUCGCCCGGCACGGUCUGGGUCUCCGCCGGCGGCGCAAGCUUCCUGAGAGCUGGGCCGAUAUGCAGGAGCCACUGCUUGAGGGGAUGUGCUUCACCCUCAAGUAUCUGGGCAUGACGCUGGUAGAAAAACCAAAAGGAGAAGACAUGGCUGCUGCUGCCAUCCGCAGGAUCGUGGCCACGGACAGCCCCAGCUACCUGCUCCCACACCUGAACCUGGCUGGGAGCAGAGCUGUGCCCUGCCACUGCAUGGAGAGAAGGGUGAAGUACUGGGAGAGGUGGGGUCUGUCCCUUCCUGUGUAUGUGGCAGUGAGCAGAUUUGAAGAGUAUUCUGUGCAGGGCAUGCCUGAUUGCCAGACUCUGCUGUCCCAUCCCUACAGCAGGAGCCUUUGCAGCAAGUAUCCAAGUUUGCAGAGAUUGCUGGUGUUUUUCCACUGCCAGGCACGAGUCGGAGCUCGCAAGUUUCAGAAGGUGAUUCUUACAGUGUCUCCAAGGGGCAUCUCACUGCAGGAUGCAGACACUAAGGAGAUGGUGGAGAACAUCUCUAUCUACAGGAUCUCCUACUGCACAACAGAUAAGCUGCAGAACAAAGUAUUUGCCUAUGUUGCCCAGAGCCAGGAGAGCGGGGCACUGGAGUGCCAUGCCUUCCUCUCACCCAAGAAGAAGAUUGCCCAGGCUGUGACUCUGACUGUGGCCCAGGCCUUUCAGAUGGCACUGGAUCUCUGGGAAGCAACACAUGCAGGCUCUAGGCAGGAUCAGCCCCUUCACCCUUCAUGUGUCUUGGAGAGCAGUGAGGCCAGCAGACCCCGUGAGCCAGCUCCCCCAGGGACUGCCCCCUUCACACACCACGUUGGGGAGGAGGAGGAGGAGGAGGAAGAUGAUAAUGUCAGUGAAACCUUAUCUGGAAUUAACACCUCUUGUGCCCCCAUCGAGCUCUCCUACAGCACAGCUACUGUGCUACCGCCUGGGGCCACCCCCGGACAGCUGGACGGUGCUGGGAGGGGCUGGAGACUCCCCCAGCACUGGCACCAGGACUGCUGGCCCCAAGACUCCCCUGGGCUAAGCCAAAUCUCUGCAACAAUGGACCAGCCACUCAGGAUUCACCCUGUGCCUGCACCUGGGCCAGCCAGUGCCUGCCGCUGCCCCAGCACUGCCCUCCUGGCAUGGGGGCUGCUGGCACUGCUGCCAUGGAGUGCACAGGCUGCAGCACCUGCUCCUUGUCCUGUGCCGCCUGCAUGAACCGCCUUGAGCUGCAGUUGCUCCCAGCUUGGGCCGGGGGACCCGUGCUCCUCGCUCUGCUCACUGCCAGGCCAUGCAGAGCCGCCCUACAUGCUCUGAGCCUGCCUUAUGCAGGCAGUGUACACCCUCAGGGAGCAACAGCUCUUGGUCUGGAGCAGGGCGUGAUAAAGGCCUUUCCCCUGCAGUUCAGCCCUACACCCUCUCACAAGUGAAAUGACCUGUUUUUUAAAGGAAAGCUCUGCCUUUAGAGAGAAAUAAACUGAGUUUUUUUACUAUUGUCA